AUGGCGUCCUCCUCCACUGCAAACCAACCGCAGACGUGGCUUUGCAAGUGUUAUGAAUGUGAAUUCAUCCUCGGUGUUAUUCCUCUUACUCGCGGUCCUCCUACUCGUACGAGCUGUCUUCAAUGCAACAACAUUUUCACCUCUUUUAAUCCUUCUAAUUUUCUUUUUGAAUUAAGCGACGACGAACCGGAUGCUCCACUGGAACCGAUUCCCGAGACCUUACCGUGCCCUAUAUGCAUGGAAGAUGUCGUGGAAGGAGAAGAAACUGCUCAGAGAUUGCCAUGCAACCAUUUGUUCCAUAAUGAUUGUAUCAACCCUUGGCUCAGGAACCACAGCACGUGCCCUCUCUGUCGGUUCGUGAUACCGGUUGAGGUUAGUGAUGACGAGAGCUCGUCGUCCGAGGAGGUUGCGCCAGAAGGUGACUUGGAAGUUGGCCACUCCUGA